AUGGGAAUUGAUGCGACUGUCGUACAAAAAACAACACGGAUAGUCCUGUUUUUCAUUGCCACCCUUGUGGUUGGUCAAUGUCAAGAUGGUUUUAGUGACAUUGAAGAAGACAACAAUGAUAACAUCCAUAACAUAUCAGCACGAGAGGAAGAAUUCAUUAAUGAGGACGACCUAAAUGACAAAGAUGAAAGAUCGGAAGACGAAUUCAUCGACGAGGAAAGCGAUGGAAACCUUGAUGAAAUGGAAAGAGAGGAAAGAUCUGAUGACGAAUCUUUAGAAGAGAAGAAUGAUGAAAAUAUUGAUGACCCAUCAGAAAUCGAAAAGAGAGAUAACGAAGAGGAGGAAGUGACAACUGAUGACGCCAUUGUGAAACGUGAGACAAUUGAAGAUUUGAGAGAACAAAUGAAGGCAGCCAGAAAGUCAUAUAGGGAUAGGAUAGAGGCAUGUGGCGUGAAGCAUAAGUUUGUACCAAUGGAAAACUGCAAAGAAUGCAGAUCAACUUGUAGAGCAACCAGAACUUGCAGAUUAUGCAAAGGAGUUUGUAAAGAUGAUUGGAACGAAUUGAAUUCUAAAGAUUGUGACCUUACAUUCGACAAGACAGCAUUUCAGAAAUAUCAUGCACUAAGAAGAAAUGAAGGGAAGAACAAAAAGCCAAACGGAAAGGGGAAUUUUUGGAAGAGAGUGAGGGACAGGAUAUUUCGAGUGAAUAAAGGAAAAUAAGACUAAAGAUAUUUCAUCAGUAGCAAAUGCUGAAAUAAAAUUCAGUACGAUAACAAAAUUAAAAGUGUGUUUUGUUUUAGUUAAUACAAUAUAUUGUUCCAUCCUGAAUGUUAUCAUAAACUAACCUAGUUUGGA